UUACCAUAUGCAGAUUUUGCUCCUUGCUCUGCUUUUGGUAUUAUUAAUAACAUCUUCGUGCGCUUCUACGGCGUGAGCGCCUUCGCCAUCGACUGGCUCUCCAUGAGCUACAUGCUCACCUACAUCCCGCUGCUCUUCCCCGUGGCCUGGCUGCUGGACAAGAGGGGCCUGCGCCUCAUCGCCCUGCUGGGCUCGGCCCUGAACGCCCUGGGCGCCUGGGUGAAGCUGGGCAGCCUGAAGCCGCACCUCUUCCCUGUCACUGUCCUGGGGCAGGUCAUCUGCUCCCUGGCCCAGGUCUUCAUCCUGGGCAUGCCCUCGCACAUCGCUUCCGUCUGGUUCGGCUCCCAUGAGGUCUCCACCGCCUGCUCCGUCGCUGUUUUUGGGAACCAGCUUGGCAUUGCUGUGGGCUUUCUGGUCCCUCCAGUUCUGGUUCCCAAUGUGGACAAUGUGGAGGAGCUGGCCUACCACGUCAGCAUCAUGUUCUUCAUGACAGCAGGUGUGGCAACAGGACUAUUCAUCUUGGUCAUCAUAGUCUUCAAGGAGAAGCCCCCGCACCCUCCAAGCCGAGCUCAGGCCUUGAUCCAGUCACGACCACCAGAGGAAUAUUCCUACACGCAGUCAAUCCUCCGGCUGCUCCGCAACACCAACUUUUUGCUGCUUAUAGUCACUUAUGGUCUGAACACAGGUUGUUUCUACGCCCUGUCCACUCUGCUGAACCGCAUGGUGAUCCAUCAUUACCCAGGGGAGGAGGUGAAUGCUGGCAGGAUUGGACUCACCAUUAUACUGUCAGGGAUGGUUGGGGCUCUGAUUUCCGGCAUCUGGUUGGACAGAACCAAAAAGUACAAACAGACAACAAUGGUCGUCUAUAUCAUGUCUCUGGUGGGAAUGAUAAUCUACACCUUCACUCUGAGCCUAGGCCACCUCUGGGUGGUCUUUGUGACUGCAGGCAUGCUGGGGUUUUUCAUGACAGGAUACCUCCCUCUGGGCUUUGAGUUUGCUGCAGAGUUGACAUACCCAGAAUCUGAAGGAACAUCAUCAGGGCUCCUUAAUGUUUCAGCACAAAUUUUUGGCAUUGCUUUCACCAUCAGCCAAGGGCAAAUAAUGGAUCGCUUUGGGACGAAGGCAGGAAACCUCUUUCUUUGUUCCUUCCUGUUCCUGGGCACCGUUUUGACAGCAUUCAUUAAGGCUGAUCUCCGAAGACAGCAGGCCAAUUUGAAUAAUGACCACACAAGACUCCAAGGCAGCAAUCAGAUCACGGAUUAUGGGACUCUAGCUUGUAACCCUAACCCCGUCAAUUCCCAUUCCUGCUCACUAGCUCGUACACAAAGGUAG